AUGAGAUUCGAACAAGACACGGCGUGCAGGGGUACCCACUGCGCCAGCACUCCGCAACCCUCCGCGCUGCAGCAGCGAUCACGGCCCGAGGAGGUGGUGGUGGAGGAGGAGGAGGACUCCUCUGCAAAAGACGUCGACGGUCAACGACGUAUACUUGGCAUAGAAUUGGAGGCUAACGUGGUCGAGGGUGCAAACACGGGGCCGCGGGCCGAGGCGGGGGGGCCUGGGAUGGCGUACCCCGCGUCAGCGACGGCUCUAAAUCAGCACUCGCCCUUCGCAAGCUCGAUCGCCGGCGGAACGCCGCCCGCAAGCAAUCCGAACGGCCACAUCGGUGCCGGCACCGGACAUCUGCCGGCACCGGCGGCACCGCGACCGACGGACUUUAGCGUUUCCUCGCUGCUGACUGCAGCCAGCACUCAUCCGCCUGGUAUUCUAGGUGGUUCGUCGUCACAGAGUAGCGCGUCACCGCCACCCGGCGGACCCGGUAGCCCGGCCGCAGCGCCGGAAACACCGCCGCCUUUGCCCGCGAGCGGCCAACGCGAGUUGUCGCAUCCAUCCUCGGCGGUGGCGGCCGCCAGUUACUUCAGCGCUGCAGCCCUGGCAGCGGCGGGUUUCUACAAUCCCGCUGCUCAUCUGCCACCCACCAGCUCGCCAGGGCCAACCGCAGCAGCUCAUCAUCUUCAGAGCAAGGGAAUACUCGCCGGACAUCAUCACCCGCAUCUGAAUCCGCACGGUAUCACGCCGCCAGGUGCGUCCGACAGAAAAUGGACAAGAGCUCAAGAACAUCACUUCAAAGAAAUGACAAGGAAAUGA